AUGUGGAGCAACUUCGAGGCGUCCUCCCUGGAGGAUGAAACCAUCUCCAACAUAUUUUCGUCGCGAGGCAUCUUCCAAAUAAGCAGUGAGGAGGAAAUAAACAAAUAUCCGGAUGUCAUGGCCUCCGUGCAGUGCGGCAAGAUGGUCAUUGGCAUCGACAAGAGCCUUUUGCUCCUGGAGGACGAACUGGUGGCCAAGUGCAGCUUUCUGGCAUUCGGGGCAGCCAUCGAGGCCAUUGCAAUUUCUUCAAGCGGCAACCUGAUUGUCUGCGGCCUCAGCGAUGGCGAAGUUCACGGGGUGUUCAUCAAGGGCCUGCUCCUGUUCAGCGUGGCUGUCAAUCUGGAGGACGUGAGCCUAACUGGCGGGACCUUCCGGAGCAUCCAUCAACUGGAUCAGCGGUUCUACUUCACCUGUAAGAAUGGAAGCAUAUAUAGCUUGAGCGACAUAGAUGAGACCUGCUUGGAGACGUUAGGCAAUAUGAGCCUGAAUGAAAACGAAACUAUAGCUUGCGAAAAGGCCCUGUUGGAGGACGUCACCAUUAAUCGCCUUUCCAAGGGCAGAUCCUCGUCCAGCGUGGACUGCGCAGUGCUGCUAAAGCGUCUGGUGACCGGCAACAUCAGUGCCGAGAACAAUAAGGAUGAUCUGGAGGCGCAACCCGGUCUAGUUAUCACUGGAGAUCAAAGCACGAUGAACUUUAGGAAUGCAGCCAAUGACGUGACUCGAAUAAAUUUGCCCGCUCAGUACGGCAGCCUAAAGCAGAUCUUCAACUUGGACCACUAUAUUAUCGCACUCACCAAUUCCGGCCACUUGGUGGAAAUUUGUCCAUACACUCGCACAGUACACAUGUGUCAAACUACCCAACAAAAGAAUCUGCUCAUCGAGGAUCUGCUGGUUAUGGAGUGCAGCGAAGAAAACAUUGAGCUACUGGUGCUGACGAAAUCAACGGAGGAGGGACGCUUCAUUAAGAUAGUGGAGUACCCAACGCUCCAUGUGAAGAACGAGGUAGAAGUUCCUGAUCACGCAUGGCUCGUGCGUCAGCCAAAGUGUGCGGUCAAUCUGUAUUAUCUGGCUGCCAAGGAAGUCAACCAGAGCAGCAUACCCUCCGUGGUGGAGAUGAUGCUCGUUUCCGAGACCGACCCCAGUGAUCGUUUUAAGAAGCUGAUUUGCAAGGGGCGCCUGGAGGAGGCUGAGGAAUUUGGCAAGCAGUUUGACCUGUGCCUCCAGCCCAUCUAUGAAGCCAAAGCGAAACGCAUUCUGGUCGAGCUUUGCAACUCAAACUCGCAUAACGAUGCAUUCGACGUGGACACUAAAUUUCAAAACUUGCUGCAAUUUCUGUCUCAGGUGGAAAGUAAGGCAUUCAUAAAGAGCCAUCGCAUGAUCAACUUGAACUCGAGACACAUCCUUGAGCGGUAUCUUCGCGAGGUCAAAAAGCGUUUGACUUUCGAGGACGACGAGGAGGAUAUGCUGGAAAUCGACGAGCAACUGCACCGACUUAAAACUCUUGCCAUAAUAGAUCCCUACGAAUGCAACACGGAUUGGCAAAAGUUUAUUUACGAUAACAACUUGGUCAGGAUGGUCAAGUCACUAUUCAACACAGAUAUGCCGACAGCCUGUCUCAUUUGGCGGCGGCAUUCGAGCAGCAUUCUGCCGCUGCUUAACGAAGAUGAGUUGCGCACGCUAUUAGGGUUCAUUCCGAGCAACACCAAGCCCUUCAACGUCGUCCAGUGGUUGCGUCAGUUCAUUCCGAUGGUCAGCAACACCCAUCCCAGCAUAAUGCCCUUUAUCACUGACUGGAGCAUUGAGAUGACGCGGAAUCUGCAGUACAGUCCCCAUUGGCCGGAUAUCGGCCUGGAGUUCUGCACAAAGAUACUGGAAAUUAUUGAGGAAAUUCAGUUUACUUACUCCGAUGUGCGGCGUCAGCAGGAGCGCAACGUUGGAAAACUUCGGGAUCUUGUCAACGCACUGCAGGAUCUUUCCGUGCUUAAGACCAACUAUAACAUGGGCUUUACACUGGACAACUACAUGCAGGACUCCAUCGACGCCACUGCGUUGAGCAUUUUGCAGCACGUUCAACUGGAUAAGCUUCAGCGUCUGGUGAAGAACUUCAUGUACCCUAUCUUCCAGGAGAAGGGACGUCAGCCACUGGACGUGAUCAAGCAGUACAUAUCACAGUUAGUAGCCAGUCGACAAGCUUCUAGUUCAUGGUUGGAGCGGGCGAUGGCUUGCAUUGAGCUGCUUCACAACGAGGACAGCCGUUUGGAGUGCGCCUUGUCUGUGCUGCAAAACGCACCUGUGCCCUGGCCGGAUACACUAGCUCCUCUAAUCAGGCUGCGUGCCUCCACUCAUCCAUUGGCCGUGAAGAUCAACGCCGAGUACGAGAUUCAGGUGAUCAAGAUCAUGAAGGUCAAGUACGGCUGGCCGGCUGACAGCUCCGAUAUCAACCUGGAGCUUUUCAUGAUGCGCAUUGUGAAGUUGAAUCUGCCGGACAUGCUGGACGACAUCAGCGCCCUCACCAAGGCGGCGCCGGACCUAUCAAAUAGUGCCAACUUUAACUGCUGCUAUCAAAUGGCACGGAGAGGACAAGUUGAGAUGGCUUAUGAAUUCUUCAAAACGCUGAAUGGUGAGAAGAAUUCGAAGAGCGGAAAGGAAGUGGUAGAAAUCAUGGCUAACAUCUUGGAGAACAGCUCCUCCGAUUCGUUUGAAAGUGAUAUUAAGGUUCAGGAGCACCUGAACGUCCUGGAGCUUUUUAAGUUGUUCUUGCCGCAUGUUGAAUCCGUGUAUGAGCGCCGCUACCUGGUGAUCAAGCAUCGUUUCCGCCUGAGAAAGUUUGGCAUCCUUUUGAGCUGCAGCAGCGAGCUGAUACCGCUGCACAGACGUCAUUGCCUUCUGGAUGAGGCCAUUGAAAGGAUAAUUGAGAGGGCCCAGGCCACGCUGAAUGUGUCCGCUUUCAUAGCCAGCGAAAUAAGCGAACUGUGUACCGCUCUCGGUCUUCCAAAAGUAUUUGGUCUGCACCGCAUUUGCCAACGCAUUGGAUGCCUGCCCCUCAGCUGCGCCCUGGCUUAUCAUGUUAUAAGCUUCGUCGACUGUGUGCCCGCGAAUGCCGGCGAGUUCGUCAAUCUUGCACUUGAGCUGCUGGUUCAGCAAAUUGAAAGCGCCAAGGGAAAGAAUCAGGAAACGGCCUCCUCGCUGCAGUUGAUCAAUGAGAACGAUCCGCUUAGCUUUUAUUUAGCGUACGAGUUGCUCACCUCCGCCCUGCUCGACGCGAGCAGCCGUCGUCACGAUCUUGUGGAACUCAUCAAAUACAUACGCGUGGCUGUAAUCCACUACCCGCUAGACGCCAUUAAGACUCACUACGACGGCAAGGAGCAGGCCGUCAACGAGCACAUCUGCCGGGCCCUCGAUGGGAUUUCGGUAGCCCUGGGCGAGACCACAAUAAACUUCAGUUGUGCUCUUAACGGAUCCUUUGACGUGAAGACACUGACGGUUCCGACGACUACGAAGAAGCGCUACUCCGUAUCCAUGUUUGAUGAGGUAGAAGUGCAGCCUAUCCAGCAGCAGCCUCAGAAGAAAAGCGUCGGGGGUCGCAUGGCAAUAGUGAAGUUCCUGGCCCGCACCCUGUUGCUCAUGGUUAUCGAAACGGAGCCAAACAACUCAUUGCUGAUGCAGGUUCGCAAUGAACUGCCGGAGAACACAAAAGCGGAUGUCGAAAGUGCUUGCGCUGACUUCUUUCUGUCACUGGAACACUUGACGAAGGUGAAGGAGCACGACGCUUGGUACGUUAUGUCGCAGUAUCUGCUGGACUUCCAGAAGCAAAACUGUCGCAAGAAGCGGAUCAUCAACGAGGGCUUCGUUACGCUGCAGUUGCGCCGCAUAUUCCGAAAUGCGAUGGGGAGCAAGGAUGUGAACUUCAUAGAGCUUUUCACCAUGUUGGUGGUGGACAGCGAGGCACUAGCGCUGCUGGAGAAGCUCUCCGUUGAAGUAAAGACCGAUCUGCAAAAAAUCAACUUCCUGACACUAUCCGCCAUGUACCACGAGCAUAUCGAAGACUUGGACAGUGUCCAAAUAAUACGCACCAAGAGAUUGAAACUCUUCUAUUACCUGGAGUUUUGCCAGCAGGAUCAAAGAAUAAAGGGAAAGUUCAAUGCCGACAUGGACAACAUAGAGGACCUGCUGAAGGAGUUUCACAAUAAGCAACUUGACGUUCAGCUUUUGGAACGCAUGAGCAAGGACUUUGGCUUCGAUUACCAGAAGAUUCUUAUUACCCAGAUACUAAGCAUAUUGAGCGCCCAGGAGUUGCGCUUCGAGGUGAAGAGGGAUACCUUCGGCGACGAGGAACUGGUUAUGCUAAGCAGCGCCCAGGAAAUGCACGAUAUGUGCCAACCGUACAUUAAUGAAAUCAAUAAUGUCGAGCUCUUUACUUCCAAGUUAAAACACUUUAUUGAAGACAUCAACAUUUACUUCUACGAGCUGUACAUGUGUGUAAUCAACAUCCUAAUGUACUUCGAUUCGGCUCCGAAAGAAAUGGAAAUCUGGAUGAACAUUUUGCACUUCCUGAGACACAAGAUGAUCACCAGAAGACGCAAUCGGCCAGGUCAGGUGGAGACCGACACGUGGCUCAAAUCACAAAGGGAAAAUGGCGUUAUGCCGAAGAUAUCUCGAUAUCGUCUGCCAUUUAAGCCCAUCGUAGAGCAACCUCUUAAGGAUAUUCUCGACAGCGAACUAAACGUGGAUAACUGCCAGAGCUGGUUUCCACUGAUUCAGAUGUAUACGGCGUUGAAGGGAUCCAAGGAUAGUUCCCAGAACUGUGACUACUUCUGCAUGUCGGCAGUAAAGAAUUCGAUAUCGGAAUACAAGUCGAAAAAUGAUUCGGAAUCCUGGAGUCUUCAUCCCACGAAUAAUGCCUUCCUGCAGUCAAUACUACGGCUGGUCGAGAAGGUGCACAACCCAAACAAGGCGUUUCUAAUACUGUACUUCGUGUCCAACUAUGCUCGUGAUGGAGCCGAUCAGGUGGAGGCCUCCUACGAGUGCUGGAAGUUUGUCAAGGAGAAGGGCCACCUGAUUACAGAUCCGAAGAGUCGCGAGCAGGUUGCCAAGGUGAAGCGACGGUAUCCUAUUCAGAAGACCCAGCACCUGCUGUAUGUCUAUGGCCUGACCGAUGAGAAGCUACUGCGCCAGGUUGAGAACCCCACCGAGCUAAUUCAGGCGCUCUACCACCACGAGCUAAUCCUCAAGUCAAGCAAAGUAGAUAUUAACGCCCUGGUUGCGGAGAUAGCCAAGCUGCACGACCUCUGCUUAGCCACCAUCCAGUACCGCCUGCUACAGAAGUGGCUCGCUCUGACUAUGGAGUCGACGGGUGACGGUACCAUUUUGGAGGAGACCUUCAUGGAGGAGCAUAACUGGCCGGAGCAGGCCAACGGAGCGGAGUCCUCCAACAGCCAGGACGCCAGCGAGAACGUGAAUAGAGCGUUCUACAUACUCUCCAGUUGGCCAAAGGCGGAGGCAGUCAAGUUUCUUGUGGGUCUGAUCUUCAAGGGCGGUUCGGUAAACACCUCCACACAGCUGCAAAUGUACGAGUGCUAUUCCAAGCUGAAUGAUGGCAGCAACUCCUUUACCAACACGAUCAGCCAACGCCAGUUCAUCAGCAUCAAGUGUGUGCACGAGCUCAAGGCUCUGGGCUACAAGUCGAACCUGGAGAAGUUCUCCGACGACCAUUGCAACAAGAUAGACAUUCUAAAGAUGAUCUGGCAGCGUAAUGCACAGAAUCCUCUUUCGCUGGAGGUGAUGGCCAACAUUUGCCUGGGCUUUGAUAUACACUUGCCGCAGAUCUGGAACGGCAUUCUGAAGCGCAUGGUCAUGUUCCAUAUGGUGCGCGAGCUGAACGCCUUGUUGGAUGUACUCAGCUGCCGGCCGCAUCUACUCCACCUGGAUGGGCUGGCCCAGGCCUGGGACUACGUGCUCUGCCAUCCUCUGCAGAACGCAGUCGAGUUACGCUCCUUUAAGCAGGAAGAGCUGCUCCACAAGACUCUGCUGCGCCUGCAGGGCUGUCCGGUGGUGCACGCCCUCAACCUGCUACAGUUCGCCCAGCUCUGCACCGUCGUCCAUCGACCGCACAUGGCCGCCGCUCUACUCACCUUCUGCCAGAGCGCCGAGCAACGCCAAAAGAUCAAAAAGAUGAUACAUUCUCAUCCGGUGGAGAACCUUCGGCAACAGAUCCUGGACCUGGAAGAUGCUGGUAUCUUGCCGGUGGUACUGAACUUUGCGCUCAAGGAACUAAAUCUGUAAGCGUAGAGAUUUUGAUUUUCCAAUUCCCAUAAUUUUUUAUUUUUAUUGGUGGAAUACUUUUUGUAAAUAUCAAGGUUUAUUACCUGCAAAUAUAGUUUAUACAAACGA